UACGAUAGGAGAAAGAGAUGAGAAGUUUAGAGAGAGAUGAAAAAUAAAGAGCUUUUCACGUAACAUUUGCCUAAUCCUAAAUCUAGACCAUAACCCCUUUUAUUCCCUUUGUCACGUGCUUCCUUAAUCCUGAUUCCACACAAUUUUCUUGUUGGAUUGUCCAACUCUUGGGCCUCUUUGCAGUUUAGCCCCCGCUCAACAGCCUCUGCUCUCUUUCAGAAGAAAAACUUUUUCUUUGCACUUCUAAUGUUUUCAUUAUUCAGUUAUCAAAAAUUUAAUUGGGACAUUUGCACGCUAAACAGUGUAUUCUUUUUUAAUUUUCUUCUAUCACAUGAGGGAAAGGGGAAGUGAAGGUUAAAAAGAAAGAAUCACAAAGAUGAAAAUAAAAUUAUCGUAUAGAGGGUUAUGUUGGUAUUGAAACUUAACUUAAACAAGGUACAAGUCAACAAGAUAUAUUCCUCUGAUAGAAGUGGACGAAUCGUAAACACCAAAAUGAACAUGAAUCUAAGGAUCUUGGAUUCGGGAAUCAGGACCGGAGCCUGGGGUCGAAGAAUAUACAAGAACUAAGCAAACUUCGUUAAAACCCAAACCCCAUUUCUUCGAGUAAACCGCCACGUUUACUAUGUUAAAUAUCUUCACUUGUACAUGCAUACUUUGAACUUUUGUUCUAAGAGUAAAGAUCGAUUGUUGAGAGAUAUGGAGAGUCCAUUAGUAAUUAUGCGGCAUAAAGAAUCAUCAGAUAUUGGGCGUUUAGACAUGCAGCUGAUAGGGACUUUCUUGAGUUUCGCGUCAAGGGGUGACAGAGUUGGGCUAAACCAGAUGUUGAGGCAGGGUAUUUCUCCCAAUGUGCAGGACUAUGAUAAACGAACUGCUCUCCAUCUUGCUGCUAGUGAAGGCCACGCCUCUAUUGUUGAGCUUCUUUUGGCUUACAAGGCUGAUGUUAAUCUCAAUGAUAGGUGGCGACGCACCCCCUUGACAGAUGCGAAACUGUAUGGGCAUCGUGACAUAUGCAGGAUCCUUGAGGUCUAUGGUGGCAAGGAUUCCAACAGUGAUCAUCCUUUAACUGUUCGGCGUGAAGAGGAUUCGAUUGAAGUGAAUAUUGACAUAUCUGAACUGAACUUGCAGCACUCAUCAAUCAUUGAGCAGGGUUUAUUCGGUGAGUCGGAAAAGGUCAAAUGGCGUGGAACGUGGGUGGUCAAAACAGUAAUCAAAAGGGUGUUCUCUGCAAAGGUCAAUACUUUGCUGAGGGAACUUCGACAUCCAAAUAUUCUACAGUUUCUUGGAUCAAUUGUGCAUGGAGACGAAAUGAUCUUGAUCACUGAGUAUUUGCCAAAAGGGAACUUGCAAGAUAUUUUGAGAAAGCGCCUUGACCCCCCAACUGCUUUGCGUUAUGCACUUGACAUUGCUAGGGGAAUGAAUUACCUCCAUCGGCACAGGCCUUUGCCUAUAGUUCACAAAAACUUGCAUCCGAAGAACUUGUUACUAGAUGAAGGUGGCCACUUGAAGAUCGGUGAAUAUUGGGUUCAAAUAUUAGAUAACCGGAUAUAUGCAAAUCAAGACUGUUGCCAAUUAAACAAUGGAUGUAACUUUAUCAGCCAUUUGUCUCAUGACAUUAGCAAAGAUAUUUAUUCAUUUGGUGUCAUCUUUUAUCAGAUGCUGGAAGGAAGACAAAUAACUGACAGGAAUUCUGAUUUGGAGAAAAAGUUGUAUACAGGUCGAUAUCCCAGCAGAAUUCUUCAGUUAAUUGAGGACUGCACCAGCACAGUUCCUUCUACGAGACCAUCAUUUGCUACUGUCAUAGAAAUCCUAGAAGAGGUUUCUUUAUUAUCAAGAAAAGCAGGUUGUCCGCCGUGUAACAAAAGCAAAAGCCCUAAGUAAACAAGUUUGCUUAGUAUUAAAUAAGUCAGUGAAGAACACUUCUGAUUCUGAUUCAUGAAUCUAAUGAAAAGUUUAUGACUUUUCCUAGUUGA